ACUUCUGAUUACGUCUAGCAGACGACUUUUUUCAGAGCGCCAACUAUAUUGAAAUUGUUUAGAUUAUUAUAUUUUUAACGAGAUUAUCCGAAUAUAAAUAGGCCAAAAUGGAUAAACCAAUAUAUGAUAUGAAUCCUUGGGAAGAUGAUAGAUCGGUUGGACAAGUUAGAAAUCUUUUAUUUCUCGCGAAUAAGACUGGCCAUUUGAAAAGUGCUCAAUUUACAGAAGAAGAUAUAUCGGAUAGUUUGAAAAGAUUACCAUCUAUAAAACUAAUAUCUAUGUAUAAAAAACUAGGUGAAAAACGAGAAACUAGUAGACAGAAAAGUUUAGAAAGCAUUCGAAUAGAAAAUGAAAAUUCAGUGAAAGAUUUAAUCUAUUCAUCUUCGCUAGAGGAGAAAAGAUAUACAAUUGCUCAAAUUAAUUCCUUAUUUACAUCGAUUAAUAACAAUCAAUCAAAAGUUAUUGAACAAUUAAAAAGACCAUUUGUCGCAAAUUCCAUUAAGGUUGAAUCUCAAUAUAGAAACCAGUUUUAUGAAAUUGUCACAAGAUUAACAUUCCUGGUAUCUGAAUUAACUCAAAUAUUGGAAUCUUUAUUAUGGUUGAGAAAGUUUACCGAUUCGAAUAUUGAUAUUGAAGAAAUAUCUGAAAAAGUAUGCAAAGCAGCCAACUAUAUAGAAAAGGAAAUGCAAUUGAUAACAUCAGUAUCGAAAGCAAUGGAAGAAAGACAUAAAGGAGAAGAAGAAGAUAAUGUUUUAUAA